AUGCACCCCCAAACCGCGGAAUCACUCCGCUUACCACUCAUUGACCUCCCCUCUCCUCGCACCGUAACUAUGCUCGAUGGGUUGAGCCCCCAGGCUGGAAAAAUCUGGAAGAAGGCCUCCCUAACCUUCUCCCUUGAUGGUAAACAAAUGACCAAGACCUUCCUAAUCUGUAACACAGGGUCUCACGCCGCCAUCUUGGGAUUGAAAUGGCUGGACGCACACAACCCAGAGAUUGAUUGGAAUACGCGAACCCUUACCUUCCCUCACGCCGUACCAGAACACGUGGCCAUUGCCGAGGAGGAAGAAGCAGACAAGAACCCGCUUGAAGGAGUACCCUCCAAAUACCAUAGAUACGCCAAGGUAUUUGGAGAGGAGGAAUUCAACAAGCUUCCCCCUCAUAGGCACUACGAUAUUGGGAUCGAGCUCACAGAAGAGGGUCCCCUGAACUCUCCCCUGCACCACCCCCCCCACGCCGUUUCCAAUAUUCCAUCUACACGCUCUGGCGCCCCUCACCCAUACUCCCGUCCCUCCAGCCGCUCCUCACGUUGUUCCAUUCCAACCCACUCCCAACCGCCCUCUCGCAGCUCAUCUCCCACUCCGAGAGACCUGCCAAGAAUGGAACCGGAGCCAACCACUGCCGCUCUCCUUGAGGCUAUCACAGCCCUCACUGCCACUGUUGGGUCCUUGCAGGCCCAAAUCACAUCACAAGGCCAACAGCUCAUUGAGCUUAAAGCCAUAUGCAAGGAAACCGCCAACCUCCUCGGGGAUAAAGAUCAAGGAGCCCCGCAAGCCCAGCCUGGCCCAUCGACUGGGCCUGUCACUCCUCCCACCCACUUGGGAGGAGAAGCCCACACUCCAGGCACGGUUAGGCCUGGACUCAAGGCCCCAUUCCGGCCUUCCAGAGGAACCGGGUUUGACUCAGAGGAAGAGGAAGAACCAAGGCGCCCCAAAAAGGAGCCUCAAGGAACGCCUAGAAGGCAUCUAGGGUCCCUAACCCCCUUUGACGCAGACCCAUACAAGGGAGACUCCAGGGGACGGAAGGCAACCCAGUGGCUAGAUCGUAUGCUGCUACAAAGCUGCCGACUGGGCUCUUCCCAUUAUUGGGACCAUUAUCAAGGGCGAGGGAAAUCCCCCCCCACCAUCCCGGCCUUAACGGCCAAAUUCAAAGAAGCCUUUGCCGACCCAGAUGCAAAGAGGGCGGCCGCCAGGAAGAUUGCCGCAUUAACUCAGACCACCACCACGUCUGAGUACGUCACAGAAUUCCGCAACCUCAUGGCGGAACUUGACUGGAACACUGAGGCGUACAUUGCCCAGUUUACGCGCGGUCUUCACUGGAAGGUGAAAGAACUCCUGUCCACCAAGGACAACAUUCCCGACAACAACCUGGAGGCCAUAUUCGCCGCUUCGGUCAAAAUUGACAACACUCGUCGGGAAAACAAGGAAAACCGCCCCAAAAAGGCUCCCACCAAGGCUCCGGUCGCCACGACCACCUCUACCACUAGGGUCCGUUUAUCAGAGGACCCCAACUACGUUACCCCAGAGGAGAGGGACCGCCGCCGCGCGUUGGGUCUUUGUGUCAAAUGCGGCCAAAAAGGGCAUGGUAUCAAGCAGUGCCCAAAUGGUUGGAAGGCCACGAUCAAGGAGGUGGCCAAAAUAGCCAAGGAAUCUGAAUCGGGAAAAGACUGA